UCUUGUGAAUCUUUCCCAUUCUAGCCACCGUAAGUCAACAUGCAGAUCAACAUCGGACCCGUAAAGCGGUACACCUGACGAUAUUAAUGCGGCGUUCCUCUGAGUUCAAUGCGGUCCUUACGGCCUCUGCGCGCCUCGAAUUCCGAAUUUAUCCUUACGAGACCCACGGAAGGGUUAUCUGUAUGCGCUUUCGCCGAAUAUCUUCUUUGGGCGUCGGACCCCGCUGUAUAUGCUGAAUUGGAGCAAUGCACAUCGGUGUUCGCCGCGCGGAAUGACUUGAGGCCUGGCGAGACGGAGACGGAGGUACGCCUUAAAGCGGAGACAGAGGUGUACUUUGGUACGCAGACGGAGGUGCACGGUGGAACGGGAAUGGAAGCACGCUUGAGUACGGCGAUGGAGGCAUGUAUUGAGGCGGAGACGGGAAUGCAAGUCGAUGGGGUACGUACGACGAGGCAGGGAUGGCGGAGGAGUCAAGGUCCAGGCACGCCUGAGGACGGAGGCACCUCAAGAAGGGGAAGGUACGCGCCUAAAAGGAUGCGGACUCGGUGCUGAGGCAGAGCCGCGGUGGCGUACGUGAAGAGGCCAGGGACACCGGGGGCUGCCGAGUCGAGGACGAUGGGCGUCAAGGUUUGACCAAAGGUCGGAGAAAUUUACACGAGGGCGCGGAGGAAUGGGGACGGCGUGGCAGCUGGGAGCGGACACCGCGUGGCAGAUGAACAUUGUGGGACGCGUGGUAAAUAGGCAUUGUACGUGGAAAGGGUGGAACAUUAGCCUGUAAAAUAGGGUCAGAA